AUGAGCUUCCGCAACGUGUUUGUGUUGUCUGUUGUGUUCGUGGCCAUCGCCUGCCUGGCGGCCUCGAGCUUCCCCACGGCCGCGGGCCAGUCGAGCAGCUGCUACGCGCCCACUGCGCUCAACUUCACCUCCGAGGCCGGCAAGCUCUGGGUCAACGGCCAGCGGUUCAAGCUCAAGGGCGUGUCGUGGUUCGGCUUCGAGACGGCGGCCUGCACCGUGCACGGGCUGUGGGCCAACUCCUACACCUUCUUCCUCGACUUCCUGGCCGCGCAGGGCUUCAACACCAUCCGCCUGCCGUUCCACCUCGAGCUGGUCCUCAACGACAAGUCGCCCAACGGCAUCAACUACGGCGCCGGCUCCAACGCCGACCUGCAGGGCCUCAACUCGCUCCAGGUCAUGGACAAGAUCGUCCAGGCCGCCGCCGCCCGCGGGCUGCUCAUCAUGUUCGACCUCCACUCCUUCGCGCCCGACCAGUUCAUGGCCGACGGCAUGUGGUACAACGCCGCCAACCCCGAGUCCAAGGUCAUCUCGGGCUGGACCAAGCUGCUCCAGCGCUACAAGAACCAGUGGAACGUCAUCGCGGCCGACCUCAAGAACGAGCCGCACACCUCGACCUGGGGCACCGGCAACUCGGCCACCGACUGGAACCUGGGCGCCGCGCGCCUGGCCAACGCCAUCGCCAGCGGCGUGAGCGACCGCUUCCUCAUGUUCGUCGAGGGCGUGGCCAACUCGCCGCCGUGCCGCGAGAACUGCUUCUGGGGCGAGAACCUGACCGGCGCCCGCACCAACCCCGUCGUGAUCGCCAACCCGGCCAAGCUGGUCUACUCCCCGCACGUCUACGGCCCCAACGUGUUCGGCCAGUCCUACUUCUCGGCCGGCAACUUCCCCGCCAACAUGCCCGCCAUCUGGGAGGACCACUGGGGCUUCAUCCCCGCCGCCACCGGCCGCGCCUUCGUCAUCGGCGAGUGGGGCGGCCCCUUCAGCGGCAAGGACCAGGUGUGGAUGGACGCCCUCGUGGCCUACCUCAAGUCCAAGGACUCGACCGACCAGUUCUUCUGGUGCCUCAACCCCAACUCGGGCGACACCGGCGGCCUCCUGCAGAACGACUGGGCCUCGCCCGAGACCGGCAAGCUCGCCCUGCUGGCCAACCUCGUCUCGGCCCCGACCAAGUUCUCGGUCAACGCCCAGGGCCAGGUCUGCCUCAACGGCGCCACCGGCCCCGCCCAGCCCUCGGCCUCGCCCGCCGCGCCCUCGCAGCCCUCCGCCUCGCCCGCCGCGCCCGCCCAGCCGUCGGCUUCGCCCGCCGCCCCCGCCCAGCCCUCGGCCUCGGCCUCGCCCGCCGCGCAGACCACCCACGCCCCGGUCGGUUCGGUCACUUUCCAGUCCGGCUCGAGCGCCUGGUGGAUGGCGGUGUCGAUCCCCGGCUCGACGUCGGCCAAGGUGGACUGCGGCAACGGCCAGGGCCUGGCGGACAUGACCCCCGGCUGGGCCACCGGCCUCUGGACCUUCUCGCCCGCCAACGGCACCCCGUGCAAGUCGACCCUCCAGUUCGUCAUCAACGGCGCCGCCGCCCAGUCCGUCACCGCUCCCUGGUAA